AUGUGUUUUAAUGAAGACAAUAUUAAGUCGAAGGGAACGGAAACAUGUGCUUCUACACUUCAUGCAGAUUAUAUUCAACCAAAUAAGUGGAUUGCAGCAACAGUGCUGCCUGAAGGCGCAUUAAUUCUUGAUACAUAUAAAGAUGGCCAUGAACUUAUCGAGGUAGAGAGUACUCAAGUGAAGGAAGAAAUUGUUCUAGAUCAUCAUAAUCACUUAACUGCCAAAAGGCCAAAAUUGAUGAGUGAAGCGGCUGGCUCAGGAAGGGAAAACUCACGUUCCGAAUCUUCCAGAUCUGAUAGCUGCCUUCGGAUGUCAAUGAAGACUGAUUUCCAACAGUCUGCUUCAGUUUCGGGCUUAUUUAAAGAGACGCGAAUCUUUCCAAAUGUAUGUUGAAUUGAGCAUUUUUAUUCGAAAUUUCCAUAUUUAGAGUGCAAACCCGGAGAUAGUGUGCCCGGAGUUCGUUCUUCCGAGACUUGAGGCUGGGCCCACCGUCUGUUCAAAACC